UUGUAGAACAACAACAUAUUAAAAACCCAAAAACACUUGUAUAAUCUAGUGAAUUUAACAUUCAAAUUCCACUUAACCAAAGGUUGAAGCUAUUCAUCUACAAAUGACCUAAAUUCUAGACAAAGCAUUUUCAUUUAGAACCGAAAGCAAGUGGUGAGAAGGAAAGAGAAAGUUCCAAUGGAAUAAAGGCAAUACUAUGCUUCACAUUUUCAUCUUUUGACACCGGUUUUAAUUUUCAUCAAAAACAAAUGCAAAAUCUUCAAACUUACACACCACUUUUUCUUCCUAUAAAUCCACACCUUCUUUCCUCUUUCUUCCUUUCCUCAACCUCUAACUCUUCUACCUCUUCCAAUGUCAGAUUCAAUUCAAACCACCAAACCUCAAAAACCUCAAAAACCAACCGAUAAUGUUAAACAAAACCAACAAGACCCAAACAAAUUUUCUUACAAUUUUGUCUACAAAGCCACCAUAGUUCUCAUAUUCUUUGUUAUUCUUCCACUUUUUCCUUCUCAAGCUCCUGAUUUCAUCAACCAGAAUCUCCUCACAAGAAACUGGGAACUCCUUCAUCUUCUUUUCGUUGGAAUCGCUAUCUCCUACGGUUUGUUCAGUCGUAGAAACCAAGAACACGACAAAGACAACAACAACAAUAACUCAAAGUUUGACUCUGCACAAACAAUGGUUUCUCGGUUCCUACAAGUUUCGUCCUUUUUCGAAGACGAAACUGAUCAUCAAAACCAGUCUGCAGAGUCUGAUGAAAUUAUGAAACUGCAAACAUGGAGUAAUCAGAAUCAACACUUCAGAAACAAACCCAUGGUUGUUGUUGCUCCACAGGUAAAAGACUCUGUUUUUGAAGAUGAACAGAGUGGUGACAGUAUCGAAAAAAUCGAAAAGCCUCUGCUUUUGCCUGUUCGAAGCUUGAAAUCUCGUUUAUCUGAUGAUGAUUCUGUUGUCCAAUCUCAAUCUUUUGAUGGGUUGUCGAAAACAGGGUCGAAAAGAUUUUCGAGCAAUUCGUUUAACAGAGUAAGAAACUAUUCAGAAUUUGAACGUGUAAUUGCGAAUAAAAUGAAAGAGAAAGAGGAAGAGAUAGAGAAAGAGAACGUUGUGCUUGCUUCUCCUAUUCCAUGGAGAUCGAGAUCAGCAUCAGCGAGAAUGAUGGAACCUAAACAAGAAGCUAUUGAAAAAGCUUCUCCGAUGAAAUUCACUCCUUCGGAAUCAAUUGCGAAGGACGCGGAAGAUUCGAUAAAGAAAAAAAGUUUUAAUUAUAAGUCUUGUUUUCCUCCUCCGCCACCACCUCCACCACCACCAAUGUUUCAGAAACCAAUCUUCUUGAAAUCACGAUACCGUGAGAAAAAUGGAAGAAACAUAGCAAUGAAAAAUUCUAUAGAAGAAGGAAUGAAUGAAAAAGAAGAUGAAGAUGAAGAACAAAAUGAAUAUUCUACAGAGAAAGAAAGGUUUAUUGAGAAAAGGGUGAUUAUGGAAACAGAGGAUGAAGAAACAGAGAGUGAAGAAGAUGUUGGAGAACAAAAACAGAGUGAAGAAAGUUGUUCAAAAACAGAGGAACCUUCUUGUUCUUAUUCUGUUGGUGAUGAAGGACCUGAUGUGGAUAAAAAGGCUGAUGAAUUCAUAGCGAAAUUUAGAGAACAAAUAAGGCUUCAGAGAAUUGAGUCUAUAAAGAGAAGUACAAGAGUCGUAAGAAAUUCUUCAAGAUAAUCUUCAACUUGAAGAAGAAGACCCUUAUGUAGAACUAUUAUUAUGGUUUUUUUUUUUUAUAAUUUGAAUUGGAUGUAAUUAAGGUGAAUGUUUUCUUUCCAAGUUAUUAAGGUUGUGAUUACAUGAUUCUAAUUUAUGGUAUAGACAUAACAUAAGAUCAAGUUAGGGAUUGUGUUCUAUCUCAUGUGAUGUUGGUGAGAUGAGUAUGGAUAAUUUGUGUUGUUCAUAUAUUGAUUCCAAAUUUCUAGUGGCUCAAUCAAGCAAUGUAAUUGAAUGGAAGGAAAGAGACAAGUAUUUUGCAUCAUGUGAAGUUAUAUAAAAAUGACUUGAAA